AUGAAUAUAUUAAAUAAACAAUAUUUAACACUUGAAAAAGUAGGAAGAGGAUCUUUUUCAAAUGUUUAUAAAGCAAGAAGUUGUGAGAAUGGAGAAUUGGUUGCUCUUAAAGAAAUAUUUAUUACAAAAAAGUCUGACAAACAUAUUGAUAUCGUUAGAGAAGUUAUAUUAAUGAAAAAUUUAAAAAAUAAUAUAAAUAUAACAAAAUAUAAAUAUUGUUUUGGAAGUAAUGAGAGAUUUAUCUUAGUUAUGGAAUAUACACCAUGGGAUUUACGUGAUAUAAUGGAAGAUUAUGAUAAUUUAAAUCAAAUAUGUUUUGGUCAAAAAUUGUUUACAGAACUUGUCAAUGGAUUAGAUUUUAUUCAUAGCAAAAAUUUAAUUCAUUGUGAUUUAAAACCUGAAAAUAUAUUAAUUUCAGAUAAGUUAGUGGCAAAAAUAGGAGAUUUUGGCCAGACGAUUAUUGAGGGAAAUGACAAUAAUAUAACAAAUAUUGGAACUAGAUGGUAUAAAGCUAUUGAGUUACUUCUUGGUUCGACAAAUUUUACCAAACAUGUUGAUUUAUGGAGCCUUGGUUGUAUAAUAUUUGAGUGGUAUCGAAGAUAUCCAAUAUUUAAUGGUUUAACAGAUUUAGAACAAAUAUAUCAAAUUAUAAAAAUGCUCGGUAUACCUGAUUUAAAUGAUUAUGCUGAAUGGGAAAAACUUCCUGAUGUCAAAAAAAUAUCUUUUCCUGAUAUUGAUACAAAUAAAAAUUUUGAUUUAGAAUUUAUAAACAUUCCUUCUAAUGUGACAAAGGUCGUCAAAGAAUUACUUAAACUGAAUCCUUUAAAACGCCUAUCAACCAAUGAAUUGUUAUCAAUGGAUUAUUUCUCUCCAAGUAACUUUCAUGAAGUUAAGUACAAUAUAACUAAACAAUCUUUACAAAAAAGAAAAGAUAGAAGAAAAAAAAAAGAGAGAUGGAAAAAAAUAAUUCUUGAAUAUAAACUUGAUAUAUAA